GUGGAAUCUGCAGGAAGGAGUCAAGAAAGUCAACAGCAGCAAGAGAGCAGACAAGACCCAGUACGAAGUGGAGAAGCAAAGCCUGGGGUGAAAGACAACUCAAAUAAAGAAGGUUCACCACAGCAACCUCAACAAACUGGUGAUACAUCCAAUGACAGUAGCGCAGUCAACACCAGUGCAGCCAGUGGAGAAGGUACAGGUGCACAA